UGUUCUUUGCAUUUGCGAACCUUCAGGAAGUAUUUUUAUCGCGGGGUUGAUCUUGAUCAGCUUCUGGAUAUGAAUAUGGACCAAAUUGCUGAGUUAUUCGAUGCUCGCAAAAGACGUCGUGUAAGGCGAGGGCUCCGGCAGAAUCACAAAACACUUCUUAAAAAACUCAGAGAAAGCAAGAAAAAGUGCCCUGUUGGCGAGAAGCCUGCUGUUGUCAAAACUCACCUGCGGAACAUGGUCGUAUUUCCUGAAAUGGUUGGAUCAAUCGUUGGUGUAUACAACGGCAAAAGCUACAACCAAGUCGAAAUUCGUCCUGAGAUGAUCGGCCAUUAUUUAGGCGAGUUCUCAAUCACCUACAAACCUGUAAAGCAUGGUCGACCCGGUAUUGGUGCGACUCACAGCUCUCGAUUUAUACCACUGAAGUAA